AGAGUGGAGUUGCUCAAUGAUAAAACAGCAUAUAAAAGAACAAGGCGUUGUGUUGAGUGACUGACCGAAGAAGAAGAAAGAUCUUUGGUUGCCUCAGAGAAACCAGCAGACUCCAUCAUGGCAGGGAAGCCCAAGCUUCACUACUUCAAUGGACGAGGCCGAAUGGAGUGUAUCCGGUGGCUCCUGGCUGCAGCUGGAGUGGAGUUUGACGAGAAGUUUAUCGAAAGUCCAGGAGACUUGCAAAAGUUAAAAACUGAUGGGAGUUUGAUAUUCGAGCAAGUGCCAAUGGUUGAAAUUGAUGGAAUGAAGUUGGUACAGACCAGAGCCAUUCUCAACUACAUUGCCAACAAAUACAACCUCUAUGGGAAAGACGCAAAGGAGAGAGCCCUGAUUGAUAUGUACAGCGAAGGUGUGUUUGACCUGGGUGAACUGAUUUUGACUUUGGUAUUAUGUCCACCUGGCGAGAAAGCUGCCAAGAUCGCCAUGAUCAAAGAGAAAGCCGCCAAUCGUUACUUGCCUGCGUUUGAGAAGGUGCUGAAGAGCCACGGACAAGACUACAUGGUGGGCAACGCCCUGAGCAGGCUGGACAUCCACCUGGUGGAACUGCUCUACUACGUGGAGGAGCUGGAGCCCAGCAUGCUGGCCAACUUCCCUCUGCUGAAGGCCUUCAAAAGCAGGAUCAGCAGCCUUCCCAACGUGAAGAAGUUCCUGCAGCCAGGCAGCCAGAGGAAGCCCCCCAUCACCGAGGAGCAGCUAGAGGAAGCAAAGAAGAUUUUCGGUAUUAAAUAAAGCAAGCGUGAUCCUUCCGCCCAUCACCAUCAUCCCGCAUUUUCUAACACUUCCUUAACCCAAAUGUGAAUGUUGUUUGCUACGAGACCCGUCAGCGAGGUCAACGUCUUUGUGUCUUCAAUAAAGAGUGACAUUUCUCUGAG